CGGAAGCUCGGCGGCGCGGCCGCCUCUCCCACACGAACAGCUGCACGCGCCGUUUCUGUCUAGUCCGCUUACUACGCUGUAAGGCAUGGAGCAGGGAACCAGCCCGGAAAAAGAGCCUUUGUUGCCGCCUCCGCUGUCAGGGGCUGCCCGGCGUCACCGGCUCUACUCGGGCAGGGACAGCGGAGACCUGGGGGACGAUGGACAGUGCGGCGUGUCCGCGGCCUCCUCGCCGCGUUCUCGCGGGCCUGUUAUUGAUGACCCUGAUCUCUACUUCAGCCAAGCUGUAGUAUUCAUUGAAGAUGCAAUUCAGUAUCGUUCUAUAAAUCACCGUGUGGACUCUAACUCCUUGUGGCUUUAUCGGUGGUAUUAUUCAGAAGUUUGCCAAUGGAUUUUGAUUCUCAUCAUUACACUAAUCCUGGCUCUUGCUUUCAUUGAAACGCCUUCUUCGAUUACUGCCACAUCGGAUGUUCGAUAUCGCUCAGAAGCUUGGGAGCCUCCUUGUGGCCUGACUGAAAGUAUUGAACUGCUUUGCUUCCUUGUCUUUAUAGCAGAUGUCUCUGUAAAGAGCUACUUAAUAGGAUGGGAAGAAUUUCGGAAAACCAAGUGGUUAAUGGCCUACAUCCUGGUCCUGCUCACCUCCCUUAUAGACUGGAGCAUUUCGCUGAGUUUUUCCUGUCAUGAAAAUCUGAGGAUAAGACGUAUCCUUCGACCUUUUUUCCUUCUCCAGAAUUCUUCAAUGAUGAAAAAAACACUAAAAAGCAUCAAGAGGACGUUGCCAGAAAUUACAAGUGUUAUGCUGCUCUUAGCUGUUCACCUGUUUCUCUUUACCAUGUUUGGCAUGCUGCUGUUUGCUCGGACAAAAGAUGGCCAACAGGAUAAAGAAUGGCAAGAAUAUUUCCGUAAUUUGCCAGAUUCAUUAACAUCAUUGCUGGUACUGUUGACAACUGCAAACAAUCCAGAUGUGAUGAUUCCUGCCUAUUCUAAGAAUCGAGCAUAUUGCAUAUUCUUUAUACUCUUCACUGUAAUAGGAAAUUUAUUUCUGAUGAACUUGUUGACAGCAAUAAUAUACAAUCAGUUCCGUGGAUAUCUUCUGAAAUCGGUUCAGUCAUCGCUUUUCCGGAGACGCUUGGGAAUCCGGGCUGCCUUUGAAGUUCUUUGUUCUUUGAAAGAGGCCUCGAUCAAUAAAAAUACCUUGUGUGUCCAGUCUGAGGCUCUUGUUCGAGUACUUCAGAAAGUAAAAAUGGAUUCCUAUUGCAAGGAAGCAAUCAUUAGGCAGCUUGAAUCUUGUCCUCCAGGAGGGCUGUCGGCUACUCAGUUUCAGACACUCUUUGAUGAACUUGACAAGCACAAAGUUAAAGAGCAUCCUCCCAAACCAGAUUAUCGGUCACCAUUCCUACAGCGAGUUCAGUUCAUCUUUGGUCAUCACUACUUUGGGUACUUAGGGAAUGCUGUAGCUCUAGCAAAUAUUUUCUGUGUAUGCGUAAUCAUGGUAAUGGAUGCAGAUAAGGAACCUCCUCUGCGAGAUGACUUUUUUUUAGGGGUUACAAACUGUUUCUUUAUUUUGUGCUAUCUUCUGGAAAUACUGCUGAAAGUAGUGGCCUUGGGAUUAAAAAGAUAUUUAUCCUAUGCAAGCAACAUAUUUGAUGGACUUCUGACUUUGGUUCUGACGGUUUUGGAGGUGUCCACAUUUGCUGUAUAUGGGUUUCCUCAUCCAGGCUGGAGACCUGAAAUGUUGGGCUUGCUGUCUCUAUGGGACAUGGUUCGUCUAGCAAAUAUGUUAAUUGUAUUCAGAUUUUUACGGAUCAUCCCAAACAUUACAUUCAUGUCUUUAGUUGCUAGUACACUGCUGGAUCUAGUGAAAAAUAUAAGAACCUUUGCAGGAAUUUUGGUGGUGGCUUUCUAUGCGUUUGCAAUAAUUGGCAUGGAGCUGUUUGGAGGCACCAUUAUUCCCAUGGGCAAUGUCAGCCUUGUCAAUAAUACAGCUGGAAAUAUAACUUUCCAGUGCGGCACUUUUGAACAACUGGAGUAUUGGCCAAACAACUUUGAUGAUUUUGCUGCAGCAUUAGUGACUCUGUGGGAUGUGAUGGUUGUGAACAACUGGCAGGUUUUCUUGGAUGCGUAUUCCAGAUAUUCAUCUUCCUGGUCAAAAUUGUACUUUGUCAUCUGGUGGUUGACUUCCUCUGUCAUCUGGGUCAAUCUUUUUAUAGCCUUGCUUCUAGAGAAUUUCAUUCACAAAUGGGACCGCCGCUGCCAUAGGGCAUCUCUCUCAGAAGUUGAAUAUCAAAUGACAGUGGAGCUCAUGUUCAGGGAUGUUUUGGAAGAACCAACGGAGGAAGACCUGAUUGCAAGACUUCACCAGCAUCCACAUAUGCAUCUGUAUAGAUGACACCUAGCUGGAAAUGGCAAUCCAGCCUCAUCAUGCCUGCAUGCGGGUUUUAAAAGGAGGAUAACUGUUACUUCUUUCUAGAAAGAGUGCUAAAAUCUUGACUUUAUUUUUGAAUGUUGCCUACAAUAGACAGUCUUUAAAGGUUGCCCUGUGUUCAUUUUAAACAUAUUUUUAAAAUCCUAAUUUGCCUUCUUUUUAAGUUGAUUUUUAUAGUUUAUGGAGCAGAUAAUUAUGGAGUAUUAAAUGCUUUUAAGAGAGGGGAAUGGAUCAAUGAUACUGCACUUUAUGGUAAAUGUGGUGGAAGAUGUGUAACCAAGUCUGCUGGCCUGGUGCUAGCACUCAGCACAAAAUGCAGACCUACAGAGGCAGACUUCCUUUUUUAGUAUUUGUUGUGUGAUAUGCCAGGACUGUGCCUUAUUGUUAGCAAAGUGCUUUAGUAAAUGCCUAAAUGUUUCAAAUAAAGGAUAAAAGUUUUAAGCCUAAGGUUAGGGAGUCAUAUAAAAAGUUGUUAUUUUAUACAUUCCAAUGUGGCAAACUAUGUUAGAAUGAAGAAUAAUAUAAUGCCAGUUUUAGUAUCUGUCCAAAUCUUCAUAGCACUUUCAUGCAAAUAUCACUUCAGACCUUGGGUUGACUAUAUGUCACAUUAAAGAUGUCAUUAGCAGCUAUUGGGGAUUUGAACUCAUGGGGAUUAAGGUGCAUAAUAUUUUGUCUCCCUGCCCCUCCAAUGCCCUUCUUUAAUUCCAUUAACCCUCCCUUGUAAUUUUGAGUCAAUCUAGACUAAGACCAUUGUGGAAAGGGAAAGGGUUAAAGCCCCCUGUUUCUUGUUUGAGGCUCACCUUUGCCUUGUUCUCCUUUUUCUGGUGAAGCCUGAUCAGUUUGCCAUUGGUGAAAUAAGUGCUGGAGAGGAAAAUGGUUCAAAUGAUUGGCUUUCUGUUUAUUGCUCAGACUGGAUCUAUGCCUCAUACUUAGGUUCUUAGGUGAGUUUUGUAACUGUCCACAUGUAUUGUGGCAAACAUUUUGUGAGUACCCCCAACCCAUUUUGCAAGAACAUCUGUGACACAUAGACAAUAUUCAAAAUGUGCCCAUUGGCCAUACAGUUUGGGGACCUAUUUCAAAUAAAAAUACGACAUAGUCUCUUGCCAAGUAAAAACAAAAUUACAGAAAUUAAAUCUUAGUCCUUUUAAUUGCAAUAGUAGUAAAUAUAUUUACAGUAUAUUGGCUAUUGUAUGAUUCUAUCAGGUAGUAUGUACAGGAUCUAUCUAGGUGAAACCCUGAGAAUCCCUAAGGUACAGUUACAGUUUAGAGAUAAAAGUAGAUCCUUACAAGGAUGAAUGCUAUAAAAGGAACAACAAAUAUAAUGGAGAAAAUCUUUGCUCUAAAGAGGUGAUCCAUGUAGUGACCAAAUCCAAUGAAUUACUUCUGUUAUUAAAUUAUUUUAUUCAUUCAGGGAUGCUAAAUAGUCCUAUUCUUCUACUUUGUGUCUGACUUCUAAACGUUCUCUUCAGUGCUGAAAGGGAAGUUCUUUGACGCUAAACAAUUUGAUUAAAUAACUUUAUGGUCAUCUCAUAAUAUUCAGUUAAUUAAAAAUGCACUGGAAUAUUAAUUCUCUUCCUUAGACACCAUAACUCUGUUCAUACAACAUAAAUAAGGGCCAUGUUUUACGGAACCCAAUUUUCUGGGUUCACACAACAUACUGAGCCAUUAAUUAACCACAUGGGCUGGUUCACGUAACAUGGUAUGCUAUAAAGGUGUGCAAGAAAUUUUGCACUGCACUGUUUUGGGCAUGAAAUCUCAUAAAGUGCAAAAUGACCUGUUCUGAAUAUUCCAAGAAUAUUUUGAGCUCAAACAGUUUCCAGAAGCCCCAAAACAGCAAUUCCCUGAGUGCUCAAAAUGGGGAUAUUUGUGAAGUUUUAUGCUUGAAAUAGUUUGAAAUGUAACCUAUUGCAUACCCUAGGGCAAAACCUACUGUUCUGGAAACUGAAUGCUUCUUUUCUGGACAGUGCUGAUCUAAUCAUUCCAGGGUUGCUCCAAUGGUUUUCCAAAAGUUAAUCCUCUGAACUGGAAGCAGUUUGUGGUGUUCCAGAUAUGGUCCAGUCCUGUUUCAUCCAGAACACCGCAAAUCAGUUCUGGUUUGGAAGAUCAAUUUCUGGAAAAGUGCUGAAUGUUUCAUUCUGUAAUCGUCGAUUUUGCACAAACCUAUUAGGCUAAAAUGUGGUUGCUAGUUUUUAGUUUACCAUGUCAUGCAAACACAGACCAGCUUUGUAUUUUUGACCUAAAUAAAAGAGGGGGAUACAGUUAAAUUGCUGUAUUUAUCUCCAAGGAUUUCUUUCCCCAAGUAAUUUUUUCUUUAAAAUGGGAAGGUCAUCUUGGAUGUGCUGAGAAAAUGUAGUGCAGCCAGAUGGGUUUGUUCCUUUUGAGGAUGACAAUUAGGUUAAAUUCAGUGCAAAUACAGUAGCUAUUGCUAGGUGUUUCUUAAACAAAUAUUUUGGUUAUUCCCUGGUUGCCAUCUUAAUGGGAUAAGAAAACAUUGAAGUGGAAAUACGAUGUGGUCCGUGUCACACAAAAUAUGGAAGCUGAGGGACUAGUGUACUACCUUUGCAUCUCUAAGUGACCAUCUAGGAAAAUAUCUGUGCACUAUAAAAAGAAAAACAUUAAUUUCACAGUUAUUAUUGAUCAGUAGCCAUUUCAUUUGCUAUGUUCUGCGCUUCUGAUGUGCAUUCCUUUGGAUACCAUCUAGUUUAUUUUCUUUAUUGAUAGAGCUCCCAUUUUCAAUAGAGAAUCCUUCCUAGACUGUAUUACAGAUGGAUUGCAUUUUGAAUGUUACCCCUCCUUAAAGAUUCUUCUACAUGGAAAGCUAAGGAAGAGCAACUAGCCUUUCUGUGACACAUUAAAUUUAUUUCUGCUUCUAAUAUAUAAUGACUAUAUAUUUAUAUAUACAGAAAUUUGCCAUUCUUUUAAGCCCAGAAUUUUCAUAGCUUACUUCAGGGGUGAGGAACCAUUGGUAUGCCAGAUGUUGCUGAUUCUAGCAUCCUUCAUUGUUGGCUGUAUUUCUUGGGCUGUUGUAGCAGCUUCAGAAGGGCAGGACAUUCCCUAUCCCUGGUUUGUUUUGGUCUGAUUUACCUUUUAGUCAUCAAUAACAACUGUUGUGAACAACAUGAUUCUUUAUUGAACAUUUCAUUCUUUUUAAGCUUUCUGUACUUAUGACAGCAGUUGUAACCCCCAAAGGUUCUUCAUAUUACCUUUUACUUCCAGUGGUGCAAUUUGGGCAAUGCAGUGUCCCAAGUUUACCAGUGCAAUAUAAUUUUGAAUUUCAUAUGCUCUGAGAACAUAUGGAGAAACCACUAAAGUUGUUUGCAUAUUAUGAAGUUUUAUGUACUAACUUGAAAAAAGGAGCCGUAAAAUGUAUUUUUUUAAGAGCACAGAUGUUAGCUUAUGUAAUCAUUGUUAAUACAGUAAAAUAUUUUUGAAACAG